AUAAGUUGAUUUUGUUCGGAGUACACGAAGAAUCAGCCUCGAAAUUCUCCCAGUGCAAUUCCCAUUUCCUUUCAACCCCAAAUCAGCUCACAGAAGUAAUCCCCAAAUCCUGAGGAGAAGUCGAUGGAGGCGGCGGGCACCUGCGAGAUCGCGCGCCUGCCGGAGGAGCUCCUCUCGGCGGCGCUUGCCCUCACCACGCCGCGGGACGCCUGCCGCGCCGCCGCGGUCUCCCGUGACUUCCACGCCUCAGCCGACUCCGACGCCGUCUGGUCCCGCUUCCUGCCCCGCGAUCCCCCGCCGCUCGCCGACGGGGAGCUCUCCGGCCCCGCGCCGCCGUCCGAGAAGGGGCGAUUCCUCCGCCUCUGCGAUCGUCCCGUCCUACUCGCCGAUGGCCUCAUGAGCAUGUGGUUGGACAGGGAGACCGGCGCCAAGUGCUACAUGCUCUCGGCGAGGGCGCUGCGCAUCUCGUGGGGAGACACGCCGGAGUACUGGCGCUGGAUGCAUCCCCCCGAAUCCAGCCACAGGUUCAUGGAAGUUGCUGAACUUCAGUAUGUUUGGUGGCUCGAAAUACGGGGCAUGAUACACAGCAAAAUGCUCUCUCAAGACUCAACUUAUGCAGCUUACAUUGUGUUCAAGACAACUGAUCGACGUGAUGGGCUUGAUUAUCCACCCCAGGAGGCAUCAAUCACCGUUGCAGGAAGCACAUCAACUCACAAAGUCUGCCUGCAAAGCUAUGAUAACGAGCAUGAGGAUGGUGCAGUGCCCUUAACAUGGCGAUACAGUAGGAGACACCGGCGUGUGUUUCCCGGAAACCUGGUAAUACCUCAGCGAAGGACUGAUGACUGGAUGGAGUUGGAGAUGGGUCAGUUCUAUAACAAGGAUGGUGAUGAUGGUGAGGUGUGCAUCAGCCUCAUGGAGACAAAAGCUUUUAAGAGAGGUCUUAUUGUGCAGGGCAUUGAGAUCAGACCUAAGAGAGGUCAUAAUACGCAACACGGAGGCUGAAUAGGCGGCUGGCGAACUAGUGGCUGCAAAGUGCAAACUACUGGAACAUUGGAUGCAAAAAGUACUAUGACACUAUCCCUGUAUUCGUCAGAGUUAUUUUGAAGAGCACAAACGUAUUGGUUCCGCUAAAUGUUACCUCAUAUAUGUUAUAUGUAAUGUUGUUUCUGUGUUGUUGAUUAUGCCAUUACAAUAUGAUGGUUGUUGAAACUUACUAUCAGAUUCUUGGUUUGGAAGAUGUUCGCAUACAUUUUAAAUUCUGGCAGAGAAAAAAAAGAACAUAUCGUAUUUGCAGUCA